AUGAUAACGAAGGCAGUAGAAGCUAGUGGAACAGUUACUAUUACAACUGUAACCCAGCAACUAUUUCGAACAAAGAUGGAUUUUAAUGAAUGUUUUAUUCAUCCAAAGUCAUUCUCUUUAGACCCUAUCAUUUAUACAGAACUUGUAGAACAUUAUACAAACGAGGCUUUAUGUUUUCCUGUUAAAGUUAUGGAUUGGAUUCCUAUGGACGGUUCAUUCUCAAAGAAUACAGAUAGUUCAAGUGCAACAUUUACAGCAGC